GCUCGCGGCGCUUGAGGUUAAGGCGCAAGACGUGGCCGCCGCCCUGAGCAAACAGCAGCACGAUCAUGCUGAUGCGCUUGCGAGCGCUGCGGCGGCGCACGAGGCCGCACUGGCCGCCGCAAACGACACCAAUGCAGCCGAGCGCGAUGAAAAGGACGCACACUUUCAGCAGGUGCAGGCGCUCGUUGGUGCGCAUGCGGCUGAGCGCGAUGCGCUGCAGGCGCAGCUUGCAGACGCCGCCAGCGGGCGCAGCGACAAGGAAGCGCACAUCGCGCAGCUGCAGGCGCUCGUCGACGCGCACGCGGCCGAGCGCGAUGCGCUGCAGGCACAGCUUGCAGACGCAGCCAGCGGGCGCGGCGACAAGGACGCGCACAUUGAACAGUUGCAGGCGCAGCUUGCAGACGCCGCCAGCGCGCACGGCGACAAGGAUGUGCGCAUCGCGCAGCUGCAGGCGCUUGUCGACGCGCACGCGGCCGAGCGCGAUGCGCUGCAGGCACAGCUUGCAGACGCAGCCAGCGGGCGCAGCGACAAGGAAGCGCACAUCGCGCAGCUGCAGGCGCUCGUCGACGCACACAAUGGCAACGUCGCGCAGGCCGUCGCGGCGGCAGCGAGCGAGUAUGCGGGCACACUCGAUGCACUCAAGGCUGAGCAUGCAAAAGAGCUCGAGGGCCUCCAGCGCGCGCAGGCUGAUGCCCUUGACGCCGCACUGCACGAAGAGCACACAAAUGCGCUCGCGGCCGCGCAGCAGGCCCACGCGGAUCAGCUGGCCGCCGCGGCCUCUGAACACGCCACCAAGCUGUCCGAGACGAGUGCUGCACAUGAGGAGGCGCUCGCUGCGCUCCGCGCGGAGCACGACAGGGAGCUUGCGGACGCUGUCAACGCCGAGAGCCAGAAGCACGCGGACAAAAUUGCUGCAUUGCAGGCCGACGUUGACGCGCAGGAGCUUAAGCUGCAAGAGCAUUACGACCGCGCACAGGCAGCUGCCGGCGCCGCGCACUCGACUGAUCUCAACGAGCUCAAAGCCAGCUUUGAAAAGACAAUCCAGGAGAUGCGCGCAAGCCACGAGGCGCAGAUUCAGCGCCUUCAGCAGGAGAAAGAGAAGGAUCUCACCGAGCUUAAGACGGCCAUCGAAGCGCACAAGAAGACGAGCCAGCUGGAUGUCGAAGCAACGCGCGCCGACCUCGAGCGCACACGCGCCAAGCUCGCACAGGCCGAGGACGAGCGCAGGCAGGCCGCUGAGCGCGCGGUUGUCCUCGAGGAGUCGCUGCAGAGCACCAAGGCGAGCAUGGAGCGUGUCGCCGCCGCAUCUACGCCGAACGACGAAGUGGAGAAACUGCGCGCGCAGUUGGCGCAGACCGAGCGCGAUCUUGCCGAGUCGCAGCAGGCCUUCCAGCAGGCGCAGGACGCCUUUGCUGACCAGUUUGACGCACUCAGCAAGACCCAGUCGCAGAGCGGCGUCGAGAGCGCCGAGAAGCACGCCAAGGAGCUGCAGAAACGCGAGGAUGCACAUGCGGCCCAUCUCGAGGAGCUCGACGCCAAGAGGCAGGCAGACGCCAAGGAGAUACAGUCGCUCAAGGAACAGCUGGCCGACACUGUACGCGCCAAGGAUGAUGUUCAGACCCAGCUUAGCAAGGCCAAUGCCGCCACCGCCGCCAAGGACGCUGGUCCCGAGUCUAACGGCAGCACGAAUGGUAGCGCUAAUGGUACUUCUGAUCCGUCGGAGCUCGUGAAGCUGCACGCCACGCACACAACCAAAAUGGAGACGCUGACGCGCGAGCACGAGGAACGCACGAAGGAGCUACAAUCGCAGCUGGAGGAGCUGACAAACAGGACGCAGAAGCUAGAGGCGGAUCUGGCCAAGCGGGACCUCGAACUGAGAUUCGCUACAGAAGAUGCUGGAGACGCGGACACGCUUCGUAUCGAGAUCAAGGACCUCCAGGCGCAACUAGAGGCUGCUCUCUCUUGCGAGGGCCAAAAGGCGGCAUAAAGAUGAAAAGUACGAAAAGUACAUUCGUAUUUUGUUCAACGUCAUUCCUUCUAUUUGGCCACGGUUCUAUUCGUUAUACCCCUUUCACUUCAUUCUUGACCGUUCAAUCAAUUUCAGUUUACACGCGUGAUGGAUCUGCUUU